GGAGUGGUUAGCUCUCGGCGAGGAGGUUAAAUGGGUUGGGGGGUGUUGAAAGGGGUGGUGGAGGUUUUAUAUAUAAAGACAUGAGCUGGGGUCAUGGCGUGGCAUGGUGGUUCUUAAAGAAGAAGGCGGAUGGAUGGCGGUUAUUAUGAGUGAUGACGGUGGGAGGGCAUCCGGGGCGGGGGGCUGCAUUGCAUUGCAUGGUGGUGUUUUGGCGGUCAUAUUCUCUCUCUUUUUACCUCUCUAUCUGUGUCUCUCUCGAGCGGUGCUUAUCACUGCAUUGCGCUGGGGGUUGCAUUUGCUCUCUCGUCUGUGGAUAUACGGAUCGCGGAUACCCUUUUGCUAUUUAUUAAUUUGCAUUAUGUGCCAUUUUUUGCUCUCUGGUAUGUGGUAGGGGGGGGUUGGGAGAUGGUUAGGCGCCGCGGGAGUCGGCGAUCCCCGAUUGCAAGAUCGGCUCGGCUGUCAUCUAUGCCGGUCGACGCGGGAUAGUG